GGUCGGUGCGGCCGCCUGCCGAGCGAAGGGUGAGUGAGGCUGUCUGGCGGCGCGGCCGCGCGUGCUUCCCAGAUCGUCCCCGUCCGACUUCAGCCCUCCCCGCCGCUUUGCCUCGGCCGUUGCUGCCCCAGGCAGAGCCUGUGGCGGUACCAGGUGACCGCCCCUCCUGGAUGCUUCUGUCCGCCCGUCAGUCGGUCCAUUUCUUCAUGCAUUUGUUUGUCUGCUCACCCACCGCCCUAGCGUCCUUUGACUUCUCAAGCACUUACCCGGCGCCUCCUGUGUCCCAGGCCAUAGGCCGCGCAGUCGGAGAAGAACUGAGGCAAUCUUUCUUCCCACUUAACGCGGCCAGAACUCGCUCUUGAGUCAGGUCUCAGCUGUUCGUCUUAACUUCCCCAGUCUAGCUAGGUUCGACGCUCACAGCCUUUUCCACUUUCCACUUCCCGCUGUAUAGUUCUUACCAAGACUAAGUUAUGUAAUUUUGUGUCCUUUCUGUUUAACGUCUGCCUCCCUACGAAAAUCUUAAAAUUGUGUAAUGGCAAGGACACGGACUUGCUUACAACUCUCUGCUCGGUGCCUCGCGCAGGGCCUGCACAAAGUAGGCAUUCUGUAAAUAUUGUUAAAUGUGUGGAAGAACACAGGACCUCCUCCACAGGGCCACUGGUGUGGUGGGGAAGGCAGUUCAGCAGACUAACAUAUCUAAGAGCGUGGACUGUGAGUCAGACCGAUUUGAGAGCAGUCCAGACUACAUCACUUCCAAACCAUGGGACCUGAGAGAAAUUACGUAACUUCCCAGUUUCUGUUGAGUACAACAGUAGAACCUCGACCAUAAAGUGCUGUGAAGAGGAAGUGAACAGGUAGACUGUGCUUGAUUGUACAAUAAAAGCUCAGAGUUCUCUGUUACAACUAAGUAAGAAAACGGUGCAGGUAUAUUAAAUAACAGCCAUACUGCUGAAAGCAGCUUUGUUCAAAACUUGUCCUGGAGGUUCUUGGGUUGCUUGGGUUAAGAGCUAGCUGGGGCCAGGUUCUCACCUCCCAGAGGGAAGGGCCAUAUUUAAGCUCAGUGCUUCCAGCCCUCCACAAUGGGUUCCCUAGACAGCUCUGUAAACACGGACACUUGGAAACACAGUUCUGGUCCCAAGCAGUCGCCUGUGGCCCCCACUGAUAAGGCUGCUUUCUCAUAUUUACACUAUGAGAAGGUGGAAGGAGCUCUUCCCUGAAGCAGCAGCACCUCCCCAGGAUUCUCUUUUGUGGGGUGAUGGAAGAAUCACAGGACCUGUGAUCAUUUUACUCAGCCUAGCUGAGGUGGGCCCGUGAAAGAUGGAAGAAGGAAGAGACAAGCUUUAUGAUGGAAAAUUUCCCUUCGGCCGCAUAACAUAGAGCAUUGUCUAUCUCGGGAGUCCCCUGAAGAAUCAGAAUUCAGAAGGAAUCUCUUAGACAAGGGAAUCCAUUCCCUUCCUGACUCAACUGGGCAGCAUUUUCAGACGGUCUCUGCCCAGAAUGUCAGGAAAAGCUGCAGGCCUGGCCUCCCGUGCUCCAAAAGAACAAGAAGGACUUAUAAUUGUGAAGGUUGAAGAAGAGAAUUAUGUUUGGGGGCAGGACCUUGGCCUUCAGGGAAACACGUGUAGCCUGGAGACCUUCCGCCAGCGUUUCAGGCAGUUUGGCUACUCUGAUUCUGCUGGGCCCCGGGAGGCCCUGAGCCAGCUCCGGGAGCUUUGCCAUCAGUGGCUGAGGCCGGAGGUGAACACCAAGGAGCAGAUCCUGGAGCUGCUGGUGCUGGAGCAGUUCCUGGCCAUCCUGCCUGACGAGCUGCAGGCCUGGCUGCGAGAGCGCCGGCCUGAAAAUGGAGAGGAGGCCGUCACUCUGCUGGAGGAGCUGGAGAAGGAGCUUGAUGAGCCAAGGCAACAGGACACGGUUCAUGGCCAAGGAAUGAUCUGGAAGGAAAUGACUUCCAAAGGAGCACUGAAGUCUCUGAGUAUACAGCUCCAGCCUUUGGGGAACCAGUGUAAGAGUGAGACUCAGGAGUGCCAGACUUCCCAUGAGAGAGAUGGCAAGCUGGCAAGUGACAAGGUAUUAACAACAAAACAAGAAAUUAUUGAAUGUGUAGCGUCAGCGGCCAUGAUAUCCCCAGGAAGACUUCCUGGGGAAACUCCUUCACAACAGGUAGUUGGAGAAGCUUUGGGAGGUCUGGACAACUUUGAAAAGCCAAAAGGAGCUGCUGCAAGGAGCAAAAUGAGUCCACUUCCUUCCCAGGAAAGACAUUUUAGUCUGGCAACCUUCAACAAGAAAAUCUCCACUGAAGAGUGUGUCCUUGAAUGUAACCAGAGUGAAAGGGCUCUCGGUGUGAACUCAAAUGUCUUCACACGACAGAGAGUUCAUGCUGGAGGAAAGGUCUAUGAGUGCUUGGACUGUGGGAAAGCCUUUUGCCAGAGCUCGAAGCUGAUUAGACAUCAGAGAAUUCACACUGGAGAGAGGCCUUAUGGAUGUAAAGAGUGUGGCAAAGCUUUCAGUUUGAGCUCGGACCUUGUUAGACAUCAGAGGAUUCAUAGUGGUGAAAAACCCUAUGAAUGUUGUGAAUGUGGUAAAGCUUUCAGGGGUAGCUCAGAGCUCAUUAGACAUCGGAGAAUUCACACUGGAGAAAAACCAUAUGAAUGUGGUGAAUGUGGGAAAGCCUUCAGCCGGAGCUCAGCCCUCAUUCAGCACAAGAAAAUUCACACUGGAGACAAAGGCUAUGAGUGUACUGAAUGUGGUAAGGCUUUUGGUAGAAGCUCUGUCCUUAUUGAACAUCAAAGAAUUCACACUGGAGAAAAACCUUAUGAAUGUAAUGAAUGUGGAAAAUCCUUCAAUCAGAGCUCAGCCCUCACGCAGCACCAGCGAAUCCACACUGGGGAGAAGCCUUAUGAAUGUAGCGAAUGUCAGAAAACAUUUAGGCACAGGUCAGGCCUUAUGCAACACCAGAGAACUCACACAAGAGUUUAACUCUUGAGUAAGGAUUGUACAAUUGUGUAAUACCAGGGAUUUGGUGAGGUUCCCACCAAAGUGAGAAGUCUCCUGAGAGCAGAGUUUCUGUCCUUCCAGUCUAAGUCAGUACAUGCUGUACAAGGAGAUCCACACAAAGAUGGUUGUUGAUGUGCUGAAUGGGCACCUUCACAGUAAAGCCAGGUCUGGGGCAAAGAUCCUGAAAGAGCUCCUUCUAAGAUGGGCUGAGAGGUGGUGCCUCCAAUGGCAAGGAUCUCUGUGCAGCAAGAAGAGCGUGCAUUUGGCAGCUGGAGGCAUGUGCAGAGAGUCAUUUGGUUCUCUAAAGUAUUCAGUUGUGAGGCUGUGAAAUGUUGAAUCAUGCCCUGGAUCAGUUUAUAGUUCAUUCUGCGCCCUUGCCAGUUCUCUUCUCCACCCCGAGCUUCCUGAGGUCAGUUUGUUUAUUGUGUACCUGUUGUGUGCCAGCCAUCGGGGCAGACAUAGCAUUGCCCUCCCAGAGUUGAGAACUAAUAGGAUACAGAUAUAUAUAUAUAUAUAUAUAUAUAUAUAUAUGGCAAGUAAUUACAGUAAAGAGUGGUAAGUGCUUUGGUGGAAUAAUCUAGGAUUCUGUCAAAAUACAUGGCAGGGGCACCUGACCUGGUCUGCAAGUUAUUGAAGUCUUCCUCAAUGUGAUGAAAUCUCUGUUGGGAAAUAAAAGGUGGGUAUAAGCCAGGUCAAGGUGAGAGGGAAGAAAACAUUACAGACAGGUUAUGGCACAUACAAAGGCAUAGAGAGAGGAUCUAGAGAUGUCUCUUCAUGAGGACUCCUCUAGCAGGAAUGUGUUCAUGUAGACCCUAGUUUGGAAGCUAGGACAUGUGUUGGUUCCUCACUUCCUGUUCAUAAUCAGUGAGUUGGGUAGCCUAUCCCAGACCCAGAGUUACCUAAAGACCUUGAGGGACUCAGGACAGUUAGUGUGAUGAUAGAGUUUGCUGCAUUGUAUGGAAAAAGGCAUGUAGGUAGGCCAAAGAAAGAAAAAAUGUUGGAGGCUAGAGGGACAGUGUCAGUGUCCCAUGACCCUAGGGCUCAGGAAAUGGGAAGCUGACAGGAGCCUGGGAGUGGGAGGUAUGCCUUCCCAGGAUCCACUAUUCCUCAUUUCCUGUCUUCUCCUUACAUCAGGCUAGAAGAUACUAAGCUACUUGAAGGCAAUGAGUACUUAUUGAAUUACGUCCUUAGAUUCCUUAAAACUCUGUUUCUCUGUUAAUUUUUAUUUCGGCAGUUUUAAUUAGCCCACCAUUAACUGCUGAAGGCAAUUCAUAUGUAGGAGAAGGUUUGAUUUCUCUUCUAAGAUAUCCUGAUUUCCCUUCCAGAUACUAUCUCUUUUGAAGACUUGGUGAUCAAAGAUGUUUUGGGUAAUAGGGAAGUGAAAUUGGGCCGGGGGGAGGGGGCGGGCAGUAUUUGUAUCCACAGGUUGGACGAUUUUCAUUGAGUGAGUCAAUCGGAAUUCUGGAGAGACCCUUCAAAUGGAUGGAGUUGCUUUUCCUCUAGGUGACAAUCAGAUGAUUUCAUGUUUUUAAUUUUAUUUAAUAGGUUUUUUCUAGUUUGUGAAUUAACUGUAAAUGUUGAUAAUAUAGAAAAUGAGAGGGGUGCCUGGGUGGCUCAGUGGGUUAAAGCCACUGCCUUCAGCUCGGGUCAUGAUCUCAGGGUCAUG